UUAUGCUUUGAAAUAGUCAAAAACAAACAAAAAAAUAAGUGCUUUUAAUAAUAUAUUGAAUAACAAAAUAAAUACUCUAAAGUGCUCUGUGUAUAAGGUAUUGACGUAUUCUGUAUUGAUAAAUAUAUAUGUUGUCUAUUAUCUGUGUUUGUGUGUGAGAUAGUCUGAGCUUCACUAUGGAAACAACAGAGAUAAGAACAGUCUGACAGGUAGGGGGGUGUGAUUUUUGUUUUCCGCUGAGGUCGACAGUAAGAUGAUGAAUAUAAAGGCCGAUAUGUGGUCAUUCACAGAGCACAUCUCUUCGAACCGGUACAUCACUCCUCGGAUCAGCCAUCUAACCAUCUUUCACUCAAAAUCAUGGAGUCUGCCAUUAACGUGCUGGUUUCCCAGUUCAAAACCUAUGCUGGAAAGGACGGCUCUGCAACUACUCUGAGCAAAGAAGAGUUUAAAAGUUUGCUCGGAUCCCAGCUCCCAAAUCUUGUAAAGAAUGCAUCUGACCCAGCAGUGGUCGACCAGCUCAUGAGCUCACUGGAUGCCAAUAAUGAUGGAGAGCUGACGUUCCUGGAAUUCUGGCAGCUGAUUGGGAAUCUGGCAAACAAGCAUGGCGGUUUUUAGCCAACGUGCAACGUCAUUUUUGAACCUACACAUAGUAGUCUACUUUGAAAACAAUUGUGUUAAAUUUUAUCUUCCUAGUUAAGGCACAGGUGGUACCAGUGUGUGCAGGUGGAUGAUACCAAAUAAAGAAACCAUUGUUAUA